CAACCACCAGCCAACUACAAGACUGUCACAAUGAGUUUUGUUGAAUAUGGAGAUACGAUAAAGGAUGGCGACACAGCUAUUGUGUUCUUGGGCCACGAAUCCAUGUUCCCAGUGAAAGUCCAGCAUGGCACGGUAACUCAGACCAAGUACGGGGUCAUCAGGCAUUCCACGGACCUCAUAGGCAAGAAGUAUGGCUCCAAAGUGACCUGCAGUAAAGGAGGAUGGGUGUUUAUUCUUCACCCGACUCCAGAGCUGUGGACCAUGAAUCUUCCGCACAGGACGCAGAUUCUAUAUUCCACUGACAUCUCUAUAAUCACCAUGAUGUUAGAACUGAAGCCAGGCUCCAUAGUAUGCGAAUCAGGUACGGGCAGCGGAUCCCUCUCCCACGCUCUCAUCAGGACAGUGGCUCCCACAGGGCACUUGUACACGGUGGAGUUCCACCAACAGAGAGCCGAGAAGGCCAGGGAGGAGUUUCGAGAGCAUGGCGUGGAGCACCUGGUCACCGUCACCAACCAGGAUGUCUGCAAAAAUGGGUUUGGUGUCUCCAACAUUGCAGAUGCCGUGUUCCUAGAUAUCCCUUCUCCGUGGGAAGCCAUAGGACAUGCAAAGUCAGCGUUAAAAGCUGAAGGCGGCCGCAUCUGCUCAUUCUCCCCCUGCAUCGAACAAGUCCAAAGAACCUGCCUGGCAAUGGAAGAGUAUGGUUUUACAGAGAUUAACACUUUGGAAAUUCUGCUCCGAGUGUACAACGUAAGGACAAUUAGCUUGCAAAUCCCUGACCUUGGAAAAGCAGCUGAGGAUAAUUUGAGCACUGGCUUUGACAGCAGCAACCCGUCAAACCAAGGUAGCCUGUGCGCUGAGGCACAGCCCGGAACUGCACAGUUCAAAAGCGGCGUGCCACUCCGCGAGAUGGUCGGGCACACAGGGUACCUGACCUUUGCCACCAAGAGCCUCUCUUAGUACGUGUUGAGUUUGUGCAGCUUUGGAGGGGUUUGUGUGUUUGUGUGCGUGUGUUCUGUUUUCAUGGUUCUUUCUUGACGGGCAUCCAAAUUUUUACUCGUCAGAGAAUUCCAUAUAUAGUCAGAUUUGGUUGGAAUAUGCUUUGUUUAAAUAGCACAUAAGCAUUAACCAGAGCAGCAUCAAGGGAAUGUUGAAACUCUGGAAUGGUUCUCCACUUGCCAUCAGAAAGAAGAUAAAUUAAUAGCGAAUGGCCAUUCACUG